AUGGCCAACAACGUGUUCGAUGUGCCCAUCUUCUUCAUCGUCUUCCGUGAGAUGAUCGAGGCAUCGAUCAUCAUCUCGGUCCUACUCUCUUUUGUUGAGCAGUUGAUGCAAUCUGGUCGCUUGUCGCCCAACGAGCGUGUCGACCAAGCUGUCGGACCAGAUGACGGACCACACAAUGAGAAAGUCAAGAGGAUUCUCAAGCGUAUGCGCUACCAGAUUUGGGCAGGCACUUUUGCCGGUUUCUUCAUCGCCCUCUCCAUCGGUGCCGCUUUCAUUGCUGUCUUCUACAUCAAGCUAAACGACCUGUGGGCAAAAUCCGAGCAGCUUUGGGAGGGCAUCUUCUCGCUCAUCGCGGCGAUCCUCAUCUUCGUCAUGGGCAUUGCGUUCCUCAAGAUGGACCGUUCCCGCAUCAAGUGGCGCUACAAGUUGGCCGCCGCCUUUGAAGACAAGUCGGCACGCAUGCUCGCCGAGGCGGGCGAGGGACCAGAAUACCAAAAGCCGAGUUUCACGGCCAAGUGGGCUCUUUUCCUCCUCCCUUUCGUCACUGUCCUCCGUGAAGGUCUCGAAGCCGUCAUCUUCGUCGGCGGUGUCUCUCUCGGUAUUCCGGGCACUUCGAUCCCUCUUCCCGUCGUCGUUGGUCUCAUUGCAGGUGCUAUCGUCGGAUACAUCAUCUACAAGACGGGUUCGAGCACGACUCUCCACUGGUUCCUAAUCUUCUCGACCGCCUUCCUCUUCCUGAUUGGCGCCGGUCUCUUUUCAAAGGCAAUCGGUUUCUUCGAGUAUUACAAGUUUGCCAAGGCUGUUGGAGGCGACGUCGCCGAGACUGGCGACGGACCGGGAUCAUACAACGUCCACAAUAACGUGUGGCACCUACCGUUUGGUAACCCCGAGACCGGCUCGCCAACCACCAACGGAGGCUGGCAAAUCUUCAACGCCCUCUUUGGAUGGAACAACACGGCAUCGCUCGGCACAGUCCUCGGAUACUGCUUCUACUGGAUCGCAGUCAUGGGCGCUCUUAUCUACUACAAGUGGACUGAGGGGCGCGUCACAUUCGGUGGCCGCUUCAAGUCGUCAGCGGCUAAGCGUCUCGAGACCCGCCGCGCGGAGCGCAUCGCCAGCACUGACGCUCACGAGACCAAGGCCCACCACGACUCGGACUCGGCUACCCAGGGCUCGGGCACGGUCCCGGAGGAGAAGACCACCCAUGGCAUUGUGGCGUAA